UGUUUCUGUUCACCAGUACAGACUCAACAAGCUUCAAGCCUUUUACCAACCUUUUUGGGUCUUGAAUUUCUUUGAAAUCUUUCAAUAUGCGUGAGUGUAUCUCUAUCCAUGUCGGCCAAGCUGGUGUCCAGAUGGGCAAUGCCUGUUGGGAGUUGUACUGUUUAGAACAUGGUAUCCAACCUGAUGGUCAGAUGCCUUCUGAUAAAACUAUCGGAGGCGGAGAUGAUUCCUUUAACACUUUCUUCAGCGAGACUGGAGCUGGUAAACAUGUGCCAAGAGCUGUAUUUGUUGAUCUGGAACCAACAGUCGUAGAUGAAGUCCGAACUGGUACUUACCGUCAACUCUUCCAUCCUGAACAACUCAUCACUGGUAAAGAAGAUGCUGCAAACAACUAUGCCCGAGGCCACUACACCGUGGGAAAAGAACUGAUUGACUUGGUUCUCGAUAGAACCAGGAAGCUAGCUGAUCAAUGCACUGGUCUUCAAGGUUUCCUCAUCUUCCACAGCUUUGGAGGAGGAACCGGAUCUGGUUUCUCGUCCUUGUUGAUGGAAAGAUUGAGCGUCGAUUACGGCAAGAAAUCCAAAUUGGAGUUUGCGGUUUAUCCUGCUCCACAAAUUUCAACCGCUGUAGUGGAACCAUACAACUCCAUCCUUACAACCCAUACCACAUUGGAACAUUCCGAUUGUGCCUUCAUGGUGGAUAACGAGGCUAUCUAUGACAUCUGCCGACGAAACCUUGAUAUUGAAAGACCAACCUACACCAACCUGAACAGAUUGAUUGGUCAAAUUGUAAGCUCCAUCACAGCUUCUCUCCGAUUCGAUGGUGCCCUGAACGUCGAUCUAACUGAAUUCCAGACCAACUUGGUACCCUACCCACGUAUCCAUUUCCCAUUGGCUACAUAUGCUCCAGUCAUUUCUGCUGAGAAAGCCUACCAUGAGCAACUUUCUGUGGCUGAAAUCACCAACGCCUGUUUUGAACCAGCCAACCAAAUGGUCAAAUGUGACCCUCGUCAUGGUAAAUACAUGGCUUGCUGUAUGUUGUACCGAGGUGAUGUUGUGCCCAAGGACGUCAACGCUGCCAUUGCUACGAUCAAGACCAAAAGAACCAUCCAAUUUGUCGACUGGUGUCCAACAGGUUUCAAAGUGGGUAUCAACUAUCAACCACCAACUGUUGUACCAGGAGGUGAUUUAGCCAAGGUCCAGAGAGCUGUUUGUAUGUUGAGUAACACAACUGCUAUUGCUGAAGCUUGGGCUCGUCUUGAUCAUAAAUUUGAUCUGAUGUACGCUAAAAGAGCUUUCGUCCAUUGGUAUGUUGGUGAAGGUAUGGAAGAAGGUGAAUUCUCUGAAGCUAGAGAAGAUUUAGCUGCUCUUGAGAAAGAUUAUGAAGAAGUUGGAGUUGAUUCUGUUGAAGGUGAAGGAGAAGAAGGAGAGGGAGAAGAAUAUUAAUUUUUCCGGCAUAUCAAACAUAUUGUUCUGGACUGUCACAAAUUAAAUUUUAUGCAAAAUUGUGAGUGCUUGUGUUGAGUCUACCAGAUACUAGAAUUUCAACACAAAACUUCAAACAUUUUGCCACGUUCAUUUGGAUAAGAGCUCAUUUUGGCCACAGAAAAUUAUUCUUCUAACUUCCAUGAAUUUGUUGUUAUUAUUUAAUUUAUUACGUUAUAACUUAUUAAUAUUAAAACUCCACAAGAUA